AUGUUGCAUCUAGCAUUGUUGAUUCUGGUCGGUCAAGGCGGAAAUCCAAAGGUAUCUCUUAAUGGAAGAGUGGAAGGUCAAAAGCUUGAAGGGGGUAAUCUUGCGUUGAAGAACUCCAUGGACUUGGGAUAUCCGGUGAGGGUUAUUUGUAGUCGACAAAGACUGAAUAGUGAAAAGAGUGAUUUAAGAUACAUUUACGACGGGCUCUACACCGUGACCAAGUGUUGGGAAGAAAGAGCUCCAACUGAAAAAUAUAUUUUCAAGUUUGAACUGAAAAGAAAUCUUGGCCAACCAAAACUUACUCGUGAACUAGUGUCACGGCCAGCAAAGUUAGUCAAGGUAAAUCAUUCUUGUGUUAAUAAGGCAACAAAAUCCAUUAUGCAGUCGGAGUUUGUUGUGGACUAUGAUGUCUCGCAAGGAAAAGAGAAGAUACCGAUCCAUGUUGUCAAUGCAAUAGAUGAUGAGAAACUCCCACCAUUUACUUACAUUACCAACAUGCAAUAUCCAGAUUGGUAUUAUAUCUCUAGGCCUCAAGGUUGCAAUUGCACAAGUGGAUGCUUGGAUUCCGAGCAAUGCUCUUGUGCUUCUAGGAAUGGAGGUGAGAUUCCAUUCAACACAAGAGGCUCUAUUGUUAGAGCACAACCUCUUGUUUAUGAGUGUGGUCCAUCUUGCAAAUGUCCCCCUUCCUGCAAAAAUAGAGUUAGCCAACAUGGACCUCGAUACCAUUUGGAAGUUUUCAAGACCGAAUCGAGAGGAUGGGGUUUGAGGUCACGAGAUCAUGUCUCAUCCGGAAGUUUUAUAUGUGAAUAUGUUGGGGAGUUGCUUGAUGAAAAGGAAGCUGAAAAUAGAAUAGAUCAUGAUGAGUACUUGUUUGAUAUUGGCAACUAUGAUGAAGAAAUCCCCAAAAGGAAUGUUGCGCGUAGUAAUAACCUUAAAGUUGAGUCAAAUUCUUUGAUGAGGAAGGAUGAAGAUGGCUUUACCCUUGAUGCGUUAAGAUAUGGGAAUGUUGGAAGAUUUAUCAACCAUAGUUGCUCACCAAACCUUUAUGCUCAAAAUGUCAUGUAUUACCAUGGUGAUAAGAGAGUACCACACAUAAUGUUUUUCGCUUCUGAGAGUAUUGCUCCAUUAGAGGAGCUUACUUAUCACUACAACUACCAUAUUGACCAUGUUUAUGAUAAAAAUGGUGAUGUGAAGAGAAAGAAUUGUAGAUGUGGCUCCCUCUUUGUCAUGUAUGAUUAUGGUUGUCUGAAUCUAUCGAGUGAUUUGUUUAAUCUUGUUUCUACAGCCUGA